AUGACUUAGCGGGUGACGGAAGUACGCUAUGAGCACGUGUCUCUGACGCCCAGUCUCUGUUGACGGUGUCAGCUCUCAAUCCCCGAAUCGGAGAGCAGAGGUUGGAAACAUAAACUCAGGAUGCCCCGUGGAAGCCGGAGUCGAGCAAGCCGUCCAGCUCCCACUCGUGCUCCUGUCCCUGUUCGCCCUCCACCAGCUGCAGUUGCUCCUGCCCCAAUGCAGCCCCAGCAGCCAGGACUGAUGGCACAGAUGGCAAGCACAGCAGCUGGUGUGGCGGUGGGUUCAGCGGUCGGCCAUGUGAUGGGGAGUGCGCUGACUGGGGCCUUCAGUGGAGGAAGCAGCUCAGAACCAGCCAAGGCAGAUGUUACCUACCAGGAGCCUCCACUGGCAGCAGCUCCGGCCCGGCCACAGACGCAGCAGAACAUGCCGUGCCAGUUUGAAAUGAGGCAGUUCCUGGAGUGUGCCCAGAAUCAGCACGACUUGACCCUCUGCGAUGGUUUCAACGAAGUGCUGAAACAAUGCAAACUGUCACAUGGUCUAUCCUGAGGCGAGAGCUGCUGGUUGGAAGUCUGGAGUCUGUGAGAAGGAAAGGCAGGAAUGUGCCGACUCUGAAUGAAGCCCCUUGUGAUGAUUUAAUGAUACGAUAGAAAAUUUCAGUAGUGCACUGUCACAGGAUGUGAAUAAAUUUUUUUCUGAUUGGA